UAUUAUGUGAAGUCUCAUAAUCUGUCUAGUUGAGAAGUUGAGAAAUCUAUGUAGUGAACAUUAUUCACCAUUCAUGACAAUUUUCGUCCUAUGAAGAAUGCAGUCAAUGCGAAGUUGAAGAGUGCUCAGCAUUCAUCAAGUAUAUAAAGGAAAAGUAAAUCGUAUUAUAUAUUAUCAGUCCAGUCAAAUGGUCGUUUUUCAGGAAAAGUCCCGGAAGAAUUUUUCUCGAUGGUUAUAUAAUUAUUAUGUAUUUUGGGGCGCUGAAUUCGAAUCUGAAAUUCUCUGACACGCCAGAGGGCGGUUUCACCCCCAAAACCCCCAAAAAUUUCGGAAUUUUAAAUUUUUUUCCAAUCAAUCUCGAAAACUUUAAGUUUCUGGGGAAAAAUCAUUCUCUACAAAAUUGAAGAUUAUAAAAUUUCCAAUAAUAAAUUGAGUGGUCGCGCAGGACUUGUUUUCAAAGAAGGGGUAUUUUGUAUGGGCACUGCGGUAUGGCGGGCAAUACCUCGAAGACGCUGGAUUUCUAAAACAUCUCCCGCUACUUUUCAGCAAAAGCUUUGAAUUUGCAAAAAACACCGGAUAACAUCGAACACGUAUUCCUUGAAUGGGGACGCAAUUAUUCGAGCAACUGCUUUGUUUCUGCUACAAAGUCUUCUCAGUGUGAUGACAAAUAUUCGUGUUUAAUUAUCGUUAUUAUGCUUUAUGCUUAUAUAUGACUUUAAUUGGCGGUGAAAUCGUUUCGGAUAUUAUUUUGCCUCGAAAAUUCAAUUCGUAUUUCUCUCAACUUCGCCAUGGAUUUCAGUGAACCACAAAGUAUCAGUAAUGGAAGAAGACAAAUUAGCCAACAAUAGUAAUUCGAGGCGAUAGCAAGAUUUUGAAAAAUGGCAUCAACAAUUAAUAUGAAAAAUUCAGGAGCACUUGAUAUCAGAAAUACUGGAAGUACAGAGAGCUUCAACACUUCCAGUCAAAUUGAAUUGGCUCCAGCAUCAACGUUGGAUCAGGAUCAGAAGAAGAAAAAAGAAGUUUUACAGUCCAGAGACCAUUCAAAGGCGACAUCAGACUUUGGAGCCUUAUUGCAUGUCAUCAAAAGCAGUUUGGGCGCUGGAAUCCUAGCUUCACCAGAUGCUUUCAAACAUGGAGGUCUCAUUUUUAGUAUUUUUGGAACUAUUUUUAUGGGCAUCGUCAGUACUCACUGUACACACUUAGUGGUGAAAGCAUCCCAAGACUUGUGUUUUAUGUUAAAAAAACCAAAGCUAUGUUAUCCAGAAACUGCAGAAGGAGCCUUCCAGGAAGGUGCUGGGAAACGACUCAGAAGAUAUGCACGAUUGUUUAGAAAGAUGGUUGAUUUCUCUCAAUUUAUCACGUACUAUGGAAUCAACACAGCUUAUGUUCUCAUUAUUUCUUCAUCAGCUAAAGAGGUUGUCGAAUAUCACUUUGGUGUAUCUUAUAAUAUACGAUGGUAUUCACUUGCUUCCACUCUUCUGGUGGUGCCGAUUGGCUGUGUGAAGCACAUGAAAUACCUUGUACCUUUCAGUGCAAUGGCCAACUUCUUACUUGGAAUAGGAAUCACAAUAAGCUUCUACUACAUCUUCCAAGACCUGCCUCCAAUCGACUCGCGGCCAGCGAUCCAAUCACCGAGCAGCAUUUCGCUCUUUCUCAGCACUGUCCUUCUUGGAAUGGAGGGAAUCGGGACGAUAAUGCCUAUUGAAAAUUCGAUGAGACACCCAAGUCAUUUCCUAGGAUGUCCAGGUGUUUUAAACUUUGCAAUGCUGGUAGUUGUAUCAUUGAUCACGUCUUUGGGAUUUUUUGGCUACCUCAAAUAUGGAGAUAAAACAGUUGGUAGCAUCACCUUGAAUUUACCUCAUGAUUGGUUGGCCGAGUCGAUAAAAAUCUGCGUGGCUCUAGCCAUUCUCUUCACCUAUAGUUUGCAGUUGACAGCAUCAAUUGAGGUUCUUUGGGAUAAUGUGAAACAUAACUUCAACAAAGAGAAUCAAGGAAAAGCUUAUUAUGUGAUCAGAGUACUGCUGAUAAUUGGGACAGUGCUACUUGCCAUUGCGGUACCAAAUUUGUCACCUGUGAUAUCACUGAUUGGAGCGGUGGGAUUUGCUGUGCUGGGAAUAACGAUACCGGUCAUAAUUGACACGAUUCUAUAUUGGGACGAGGGCUUUGGAAUGGGAAAUUGGGUCUUGUGGAAGAAUGGCGUUCUCUUUCUCAUUUCACUCUACGCUAUGAUUGCAGGAGGCAUCACAAGUGUAAUAGAUAUCAUCGAAGAAUAUAGCUGACAAUCCUAGAAAAAUAAUAUUAAGUUAUGAUAUUUUAUCAUAUUAUUCAUACAUAGUAUACUAUAUCUUCUAAAAUCUUCUCUUCAUAAACACUCAUCUCUUCAACUCGAACUGUAGCUUUCCAAAUAUCCAUGAAAUUUUUAGUAAUAUGCUUUUCCUUCCAUGUAUUUUUUGUUAAUUGGAUUAUUAGUUUGGAGCAUAAAAAUUCUGUUAUUAUUAUUAUAUUUUCACAAACUUACGGUACAAUAGUAAAUAAGAGUAAAUAAUGACAUCAUAUUGGUGGGGACUGGGGAGUCCCUAACGGGAACAGCAGAAUGAUUACAUACAGGCUACCUACUUUACACGGUACUUGAAUGAUAAUGCGAUGAGAAGCCACUUGAUUAACUAAACAAACACUUGAAUCUGAAAAUCUAGAAACAAUUUCCAUCAGUUAGAUAAAUUAUUUUCUCCGAAAAAUUAAUCAUUUUGGAAAUAGUACAAUUAAUUAUCGUUAUAUGAAUCUAUGUUCAAAACUGAUCAUGGCAUUUCAUGAACAAAUAAUAAUGAUUUUGUUGGAACAUUUGGUAGUUUAUUAGUAGUCUAGUGAAGUAAUUAUUUCAAUCUGGAAAUUUUCAAACUACUUAACAUAGCGCCUACCGCGGUAUCUUUUUAUUUCAUUAUACUUUCACCUGCCAUCAGACAUUGGUUGCAGACAAUAACGUGAUAUCUUGAAAUUUCAUCUUCAUUUGAAUACUAUUGUUGUAUAUGAUAAGAAGUAUAUCAGUAAAUUGGUAUACAUAUACCAAUAAGAAUUUUUUUAUUAAGAAGUAAUAAUGUAAAGUCAUAGUGAGAUGUAUUGAAAAUGUGAUAUCUACAAUUUUACUGGAUUUGUUUUUAUAAAUUCAGAACCGUAUAGUGAUUGUCUAUGCUCCUGAUGUAUCCUUCUUCUGUGUGUUUCUCCUUAUAGCGAGAAUCUUGAAAAUUUAUUUUGGUGAAGAACCUUUUAUUAUUAUAUUUCUAAAUAAGAUACCUAUACUCCUAGACAUGUGGAUGAAUGAUUACAAGGUACAGACGAAAAACUUUAAAAUCAAUGUGAAUAAGUACUGUAUAGAUUCUAUUGAUGUAUGUUAAGAAAUUGUAAAUAAAUGAAUUUGUUGAUUCUUUAA